AUGUCCUACUCGGACGGAGAAUCCCUUGCCGGCACUGCACACGACAGCGUACCAGUGCUAGCCACCUGCUUCUCGAGUGCUUUUCCCCCGGUCACUCCACCGACAGCCGAUGUGUCUAGCCACAACCGUCGCCGAUCCUCGCCCCCGACGCAUCUGGUCUUUGUCAUGGUAAAUGCCGCCGACAUGGCCGUGCCCGACGGAACCAGGCAGACGGGACACCCUCCGGAGACCGAAGAAGAAGCCCACGCUGGCUCCUGGAAGCCGCUUCCCGGCAGGCAAGAUACUCUAGCGUGCCGUGACCAUCGCACUCCACAUUCGGCUACAGUGGCAGAAGAACACGGAGAUGACGCCGGCGUGGUCUCCCCAACCCUCGCAGCGUCCCAUACAGUGUUGGGGGCCAUCUCAGCCGUUCUCAUCUUCCCCAUCUUCGAUCCAGUGGCUGGUCGGGUGUCGCUGGUCAGCCGCCUUAUCCGCGCCGCCACCCUCGGCUCCAUGCGGGCGCCCAAGCGAGAGAUGGGGGAGGCGAGACUGGACCGGUGAGAUCCAACUGGCCCCCUCCUCGGGUUCCUCGGGCUCCACCUAAAGCACUGGCUGAGAAGACCGGGCGUUGAUUUCGCCUCCCGUCUCGCGCGGCCCCAUCGCCAUGUUUUUGGCCAGGCUAAUAAUUAGUGCUGCCGCCUGUUCCUUCCCGAGAUAGAUAAAGAUCGUCAUCGGACGUCGACCUGGCAGAAUAUUUCUCCUGCAU